GUGUGUGUUCAUUGUUUUAUUUGUUUAGGGAUUACAUGGACAGACUUUUAGAUGAGACAGAAAGCACUGCUUCCAGUCGAGCAACCACACCACUUCCUGCCGCCUCUAGCAGCAGCACCAGCCAAUCUGAGCGAGAGGAGACUACCAGUCACAACGGACUCACCAGUCACAGCUCCAGUGCAGAUCCCACACAGAUGUUGAGCAGUGUGAGCGAGGUGAAGAUUGAACCUGUCCAGGCGAAUGGAGCGUCUAUACACAGUCUACUAACAGAUCAUCCAGACUCCAACGGCUAUAAGCUUACAGACACCCACAACACAGACAGAAACGUCUCGGUGGAGCACCAACAGGACUGCCAGGGUCUCGACAGGCCAACAAAAAAGUGCCGGACGGAAUCAGACUCACUGGACCAGGUUGAGAUAGACCCUUCCAGGGUAAAAGAAGACUGAACAAGACCAAAAGUCAGGCCAAAAUAAAAAAAACAGGGCGAUGGGACAGCGCUGUGACACCUCUCACCUCAUCCACCCUAAAUCCAAAGCUAAGCUGCUC